AUGUUUUUGUUUACUAGUGAUUGCUCUUCAAUAGGCUGCGAACAAUAGCAACCAACAUUUGAUACUAAUCUUUCAUUAGGUUUCCCAGAACAUUCAAAUUCAAAAACUAGAAAUUUUUAAGUUAUAUCAGAACAUUUUGGGUGUUUAGGACUUAAAGAAAUGAGUAAAAGUGUUUGUGAAAUCAUAAAAAAUCAAAAAAAAACAAAUUUAUAAUUAAUUUUAUCAGAAAUUAAGAAAUUACAUCCAUAAAGUGUAAUAUUUAUAUUAUUUUUUAUUAGACAAAUACUGUAAAUCAAUCGAGAAGAGUAUACGAUUGUUUAAAUGUUAUGAUGGCUAUGGGAAUAAUAAAGAAAUGUGAUAAAACAUAUGAAUUUAUAGAGAACUCAAAUAAUUUUCAAAAUUAAGAAAUAAGAAGAUAAAUUGAUAAUUUAUCAAUGGUAAAAUUUCUUAUUGAGUAAAAUUUAUAAGAAAAGAGAAAAAUUUUUUCUCAUUUAACCAAAAGAUAAGCCAAAUUAGAUAAAUUAGUAUUUAGAAAUUAGAAUUUAGAUUUAGACGAAUAAGAAUAGAUCUUUCAAUUUCCUUUGUUAGUUUUAAAAACUCAAAUCUAAGAGAAUAUAUAGGUAGGAUAUAAUGAUUAAGAAGUAUUAGUUUAAUCAUAAAACAUAAUAAAUAUUUAGUAAGACUUAGAUGUGAUAAUAGAGUUGAAUUUUGAUGAUUGA